GUGGUUUGAGGAAUGUUUGCAGCAGAAGCCUAUGCAAUGUUCAUGCAAAAUGCAUUGACCCCAGGGCAGGUCCAAAGCCCCCCAGAGUGUCUCUCUCUUAAAGGUGAUGCACUGCUGGCCUUGUGGAAAGUGGAGCCAAAGCAACUAAAAAAUAUCAUCACAGUGGUAAUUAAAUGCAGCCUACAGAUCCAUGGCUUCUUUGAGGACAAGGAGGCUGAAAAGGGUCUUGAUAUCCGAGUGAAGAUAGGACUGGCUGCUGGCCAUAUCACCCUGUUGGUCUUUGGGGACGAAACUCACAACUAUUUUCUGGUGACUGGUCAGACGGUUGACGAUGUACGUGUUGCACAGAACAUGGCCCAGAUGAAUGAUGUUAUUCUGUCACCAGAGUGCUGGCACUUCUGUGAUCGCAACAUGAUUGAAAUUGAAAGGAUUCCAAAUGAGAGAGCAGUUAAGGUUAGUUUCUUAAAACUACCCUCAACUUUUAACUUUGACGAGUUUUUCACAAGGUGUAUGGCCUUCAUGGAUUAUUAUCCUUCUGAUGACCACAAAAACUUCCUGAGGCUUGCUUGCAUGCUGGAGUCUGAUCCUGUCCUGGAGUUGUCUCUACAAAAGUAUGUGAUGGAAAUCGUUUUGAAGCAGGUUUACGAGAAGCACCUUUCAGGUUAUUUAUCUGAGCUUCGACCAGUGACUAUUGUGUUUGUGAACUUGAUGUUUGAAGAACAAGACAAAGCAGAAGUCAUAGGUUCAGCAAUCCAAGAUGCCUGUGUGCACAUCAUUUCUGUCCUUAAGGUCUUCCAAGGCCAGAUUAAUAAGGUCUUCAUGUUUGAUAAGGGUUGCUCCUUCCUCUGUGUCUUUGGUUUCCCUGGACAAAAAGCACCUGAUGAGAUGGCACGUGCUUUGAAAAGUGCUGUGGAUAUAUUUGACUUCUGCUCUCAGGUCCACAAAAUCCAUACUGUCUCCAUUGGCAUUGCCAGCGGGAUCGUCUUCUGUGGGAUCGUUGGACACACUGUGAGACAUGAGUACACAGUCAUUGGUCAGAAGGUCAACAUAGCUGCCAGGAUGAUGAUGUACUACCCAGGCAUCAUAACCUGUGACUCUGUCACCUAUGAUGGCAGCAACCUACCAGCCUACUUUUUUAAACAGCUUCCAAAGAAAGUUAUGAAAGGUGUUGCAGAUUCCGGACCAGUCUAUCAGUGUUUGGGCCUUAAUGAGAAAGUCAUGUUUGGCAUGACAUACAUCAGCUGCAACAGACAUGAGGGUUACCCUUUGCUGGGACGUGUUAGGGAGAUUGAAUACUUCACGUCUACUAUGAAGGACUUUUUGGUGACUAACUGCAGCCGAGUUCUAAUGUAUGAAGGAUUACCAGGAUAUGGAAAAAGCCAUCUACUUAUGGAAAUUGAGUACCUGGCCUCCCAACAUGAGAACCACAGGGCUGUUGCUAUUGCACUGACUAAGAUCAGCUUCCAUCAAAAUUUCUACACUAUCCAGAUACUCAUGGCUAACAUACUAGGUCUGGAUACUUGUAAGCAUUAUGGAGAACGACAAAGCACCCUUCAAAAUAAAGUCAAGACGCUGUUGGAUGAAAAAUUCCACUGUCUUCUUAAUGACAUUUUCUAUGUUCAGUUUCCUGUUUCCCCGGAGAUGUCCAGGAUGAGCACCGUAGAAAAGCAAAAGGAAUUGGAAGAACUGUUUAUGAAGAUCUUGGAGCAAAAAGUGAGAGAAGAAAGAAUUAUUUUCAUCAUCGAUGAGGCCCAAUUUGUGGAUGUAGCCUCUUGGUCUUUCAUAGAAAGUCUCAUCCAGUCUAUGCCCAUCUUCAUAGUCAUGUCCCUGUCUCCCUUCAUCGACUUCCCUUGUGCAGCUGCCAAUGUCAUAAUGAAGAACCAGAACACCACCACCUGCAUCACACUUGGUACCAUGCAGCCUCAAGAAAUCCGUGCCAAAGUCUGUUUUGACCUCAGUGUGAGCAGCAUCUCUAGAGAGCUGGACAUAUACCUGGCAGAGGUGAGCUGUGGGGUUCCAUUUUACUGUGAAGAAUUGCUGAAAAACCUUAACCAGCACAAAGUCUUGCUUAUCCAACAAGCAGACUCUGAGGAAAAGACAAACGUGACCUGGAACAACCUGUUCGAGGAUUUUGUUAGGCCAACAAAAGACAUGAACUUUUGUAGUUCCGGUGCUAAGGGACAUAAAGAAGUCUGUAACCUCCUAAGUGGUGUCAGAUUAAAAAGUUUGUCACUUCCAGCAUCUUUCAAAGAAAUCUCUCUGGUCCAGCUGGAUAGCAUGAGCCUUUCCCAGCAGAUGCUUGUGAGAUACGCUGCCAUCACUGGUUUGACCUUCACUACAGAACUGUUGUGUCAAAUUCUCCCCUCCUGGAACAUGAACAUGAUAAACAGGGCCCUGGCCAAACUAGUGGAAUCAAAUGUUUUUGAUUGCCUCUGGAAUGGUAAGGAUCUUCAAUUGGCCCUAAAACAGAAUGUGUCCACAUUUGAGGUGCAUUAUGGCUCCAUGGCCCUGAGGCCCAGUGAAGGGUUGGCUCACUGUGAGGAGGAACACCAUGAAAUGGAGGGAGAGGGGGUGUGCCGCAUCUUUCGCUUCUGCAGACCUAUGAUGCAGAAAACAGCCUAUGAGCUGUGGCUCAAGGACCAUAAAAACGUCCUGCACUUGAAAUGUGCCCGUUUUUUGCAAGAACGUGCUCAUAGGUGCAACUACUGCAGAAAGAGCGACUUCAUUCCAUAUCACCACUUCAUAGUGGAUGUUCUAUUCAAAUCUUUGGACACAGCUGCAGAGGAAGUCGUCUUUUCUAAAUCAGAGUUCCCUGAUCAACACAAAUUUCCUGAGAAUCUCAGUCCUUCAGAGACAAGGGAAAAGAUACUGCUGUUCUUUGACAGCGUUAUAGUCAAGAUGAGGACCAUGCCAGAAGGCAUCAUCCCCCUGGAACCGUGCCAGUGUGAUGAGCAGCUCCACAUGGUCAUCUUGCCUCUGGCCCAACAUCUCGUGGCUUUGGAAGAAAAUAACAAAGCCUUGUAUUACUUCCUAGAAAUUGCAUCUGCUUAUCUCAUUCUGGGUGAUAACUAUAUGGCGUACAUGUAUUUGGGUGAGGGAGAAAAGUUGCUGGAAAGUCUCACAAAUGAAGAUUCCGUGAGUCAGAUAUUUGAAUAUGCCACCUUUUAUAGCCUCAAAGGUCAGAUUUGUUUUAAUAUGGGCCAGAUGGUGUUGGCCAAGAAAAUGCUGAGGAAGGCACUGAAGCUCCUCAAACAAGCGUUUCCUUACAACGUAGUCUUUUUGUUUUUCCAAACCCUUGUUGAGGAAAAGAGACACUCACGCUUCAUGAAUCAGCUUGCCCGGGAGGGCUCACAGCCCGGGGAGAAGAGGCUGGCACAGCUUUACCUGCAAGCCUCCUGCUUCUCUUUGCUGGGGAAGAUCUAUAGCUUAAAUUUAUUUCGCCACUGCAAGUAUUAUGGUAAACUGGCAGCAGUCAUGCAGAUGAAUGCAUCACUGGAGACUCAGAAUAAUUUCCAGAUCAUCAAGGCUUUCCUGGACUACUCACUGUAUCACCAUUUGGCUGAUUAUCAGGAUGUAUGGUUCAAAUAUGAAAUCAUGGUCAUGGAGCAGCUCUUAAACCUCCCCCUGAAAGGCGAGGGCAUCGAAAUCAUGGCAUAUGUGGCUGACACAUUGGGCUAUAUCAAAUUCUUAACAGGUCAUCUGGAUUUGGCCAUUGAGUUAGGCUCUCGAGCCCAUAGGAUGUGGGCACUUCUCCAGAAUCCCAACAAAUACCACAUGGUUCUCUGCAGACUGAGUAAAUCUCUCUUCUUGAAAAGCAGACACAACGAUUUGGUCCAGGUGCUGGAACAGCUAUGGGAUCUUUCUGUAAAGGAAGACCACAUCUUCAGCAAGGCAUUUUUCUAUUUUGUCUGCUUGGACAUCAUGCUUUAUUCUGGCUUUAUUUACAGGACAUUUGAUGAAUGUUUGGAAUUCAUACACCAUAAUGAAGACAACAGAAUCCUCAAGUUCCAGAAUGGACUUCUCCUGGGACUUUAUUCAUGCAUAGCUGUCUGGUAUGGCAGACUUCAAGAAUGGGACAACUUUUACAAAUUUUCCAAUAAAGCUAAAAAUCUAGUGACAAGAAGAACCCCAACACUUCUUUACUAUGAAGGAAUCUCUAGGUACAUGGAGGGGCAAGUUCUCCACCUUCAGAAACAAAUUGAAGAGCAGGCUGACAAUGCACAGGACAGUGGGAUCGAGAUAAUCAAGACCUUAGAGAUUCUUAUAACUCAAAAUACCAGUGGCCCUGUCUUCUACCCGAGGCUCUACCAUCUGAUGGCUUAUGUCUGCAUACUAAUGGGAAACGGGAACAGUUGUGACUUCUUCCUAAACAUGGCCUUGCAGCUCUCUGAAGUGCAGGGGAAUUUGCUGGAGAAAUGCUGGCUGACCAUGAGCAAAGAAUGGUGGUACUCGGCCUCGGAGCUAAGAGAAAAUCCAUGGCUGCAGACAGUCUUGAGUCUUCCAUCCUGGGAUGAAAUUGCAUCAGGCAACGUAACCCUUCAUGAAGUUGCAAAAAACAAAUACCUGAUGAGAAUCAAUAUCCUGGACAAUCUUUCUAAUAAUUCAUGAACAAGAAACAAAGAUUUCAGU